AUGGGGGUGCAUGGGGCUGUUGCCAAACCCAAACCCUGCAGCAGGCGGCUUUUCCUCUUCGUUGCUGUACUCGUCGUCCUCAUAGGUAGCUACUGCGCCGCCGCCGCUGCAGUUGAGCAGAUGAACAGCAAUAAUAGGGGCAGGCGCAGGAGGAGGAGCUGGAGCAGGAGGCGGGCCGCGGCGGCCGACGCGGUGACGCCCCUCAUGGUGCCCAUCACCAUCCUCAAGUCCGCCGUCGACUCGGGAGCCGUGUGCAUGGACGGAACGCCGCCUGCUUACCACCUGCACCCUGGCUCCGGGGCAGGGAACAAUAGCUGGAUCGUCAACCUGGAGGGAGGCGGUUGGUGCAACAACGUUCGGGCGUGCCAGUUCCGCAAGGGCAGCCGCCGCGGCUCGUCGGACCUCAUGGAGAAGGAGAUCCCCUUCGGCGGCAUCAUGAGCAGCAGCCCUCUCGACAACCCUGAUUUCUACAACUGGAACCGGGUGAAGAUCCGCUACUGCGACGGCGCGUCCUUCGCCGGCGAAGGCUACGACAAGGAGAACGGGUUUUACUUCCGCGGGCAGCGCAUCUGGGACGCCACCGUCCGGCACCUCCUCUCCAUCGGGAUGGCCUCCGCAGACCAGGUGCUGCUCACCGGCUGCUCCGCCGGCGGCCUGGCCGUCAUACUGCACUGCGACCAGUUCCAGGCCUUCUUCCCUCGGUCGCCCAACGCCGGCGGCGGCACCACCACCGUCAAGUGCCUCGCCGACGCCGGACUCUUCCUCGACGCCUCUGAUGUCUCCGGCGGGCGCAGCCUUCGGUCCUACUACUCCGACAUCGUGGCCAUGCAGGGCGUGGCUCCCAACCUGCCGCCGGCCUGCACUGACCGUUUGGACAUCACCUCGUGCUUCUUCCCCCAGAACGUAAUCGAUGGCAUCAACACCCCCAUCUUCCUGCUGAACGCAGCAUACGACGCCUGGCAGAUACAGGAGAGCCUGGCACCUAGCGGAGCUGACCCCAGCGGAGCCUGGCGAGCCUGCAAGUCCAACCACUCUGCCUGCGACGCAUCCCAGAUGAAAUUCCUGCAAGAUUUCAGAGACCAGAUGGUAGCAUCCGUGAACGGCUUCGCCGGCUCCAGGAGCAACGGGCUCUUCAUCAACUCCUGCUUCGCGCACUGCCAGUCCGAGCUGCCGGCGACCUGGAGCGACGCCGCAGGUGGUGCCUCCCCGGCCAUUCAAAGCAGGGGGAUUGCCAAGUCAGUGGGCGACUGGUACUUCGGUCGAGCUCAAGUGAAGGCGAUCGACUGCCCCUACCCCUGCGACGGAACAUGCCGCAACAUCAUAUGA